AUGACAAAGCGAACCUCCGCAAAAAGUGCACCUUCCAAUCGCUCAUCAACAAGCGCCGUGCAAGCAGAGAGGCUAGCAAUAGAAGCAGAUCAUGCACGUCGCGUUGCCGAAGCCGAACGUAGAUCCUUAGCUGCCGAACGCGAGGCACAGCAGCGAGCGCUUGCCGCAGAACGCGCUGCUUCUGAAGCAGAAAUGCGUGCCCAGAUAGCAGCACUAAAUAGUCGUUCUAGCCGCCGUAGCUCCAGGAACUCAGUAGAGAACUGGCUGGACGCUAACUUCGCUACGACAUCCAAGAACUGCGCAUCAGCCCCGAGAGAAGAUAUAGCAACAAACUGCGCGCCGGAGACUCAGAACCCAUCCAGUCCACCUGCCAUUCCUGCUGCAUGCGAUGCAGUACCUGCAGGGCCUGCAGUGCCGAUGCCCAUGGAGGGCCCUCACGGCGCUGCCUUCAAGGCCGUGCCACAGGAGCAGGCGGCCCAUAGUGGGCACUUCUCGGCGCACCCCAUUGUGACGGACCCGUACAUACCACAAAACAACACCAUAGGCACACAUACGCAUAAUUGUAUCACAAAUAAAAGCAUAGAAAACCACCACACUCUACACCUUGCUCGAGCAGUCGCUGACGUCGCUAUAAAAGCGGCCCAAUCAUCCAAGGUAAGUGCACCGCUCCCACUCUUCGAUGGUCGCGCGACGGAUUGGCUUAUAUUUAAAAAGUCAUAUGAUGAGUCCAGCCCGGCGCUAACACCAACGGAGAACUUGGCGAGGCUCAAUGCUAGUCUCCGUGGGGCCGCGCGCGAUCACGUAGCUAUACUGCUAGCGGCCACGCGCGACCCUCGUGAGGUCAUUCAUGCUCUUGAGGUAUUUUUUGCUAGACCCGAAUUCAUAAUACUUUCAGAGAUCUCGGCAAUGCGAGCUCUCCCAAAAAUAAGUAAUAAUGAGAGCAUGAAGGAACUCAAUCUUUUUGCUUGCAAAGUACGCAGAUGCACGGAAGUCGUGCGACUGCUCAACCGACCAGAGUAUUUGGCGUCACCCGAUUUGGCCAACGAGAUCUUAACAAAAUUUACGCCAUUACUCAGGAUCCGUUGGGCAGACUAUGCAGCAAGCAAAGAGACUCUGGGCAAGUUUCGACUCGAACUACUGUCCGAAUUUCUUAUGCUCGAGGCGGAAUUACGUGUUCGGUAUGGAACCUAUUCUGAACACGUAAAGCCCGAACCGCCCAAACGUCAAUGUCAUCCACUGACGUCAUGUCAUAGUACCAUAGACAAAGUUGCUAUUUGUCCUUAUUGCUCAAAGGCUCACAACAUUGAAACGUGCAAAGAGUUUAGUUUAGCUACAGUAGAAGAUCGAUGGAAGUGGGUCAUUGCUAACAAAGUCUGUUACAAAUGCCUCCAAAGCAAUCCCCAUUUCUUUCGCCGCUGUACGCUUAAGCAUUGUCAGGUGAAAGGGUGUAAGAGUAGAUUAAGCCAUAACUCCCUACUCCACAGAACCACCUCACCAACAAAGACUCAAAACGACACAAGUCCAUCGAGUGACGAUACAGCGCCGAGUUCGUCGGCAACCGUCACCCACAGUCGAUCGCUCCCUACGUCCCAGCGUCCACUACUGAAGGUAGUUCCCGUCACAGUAGCCGGCCCUAAAGGUACUUUCGAUACUUUUGCCCUGCUAGAUGAUGGCUCUACAGCCACCCUAUUAGACUCGUCAGUAGCGUCCGCCAUAGGUGCAAAGGGACGAAGAAGCCAUAUUAAGAUCGAUGGUAUAGGAGGUAUGUCAACUGAGUCCGAUAUAUCCCUAGUCGACAUCACAAUCAAGGGACGUUAUAGUACGGAGUGGCAUUCUUUAGAAAAUGUUCGUUCUAUUCCUAACCUGAACCUUGGUCCACAACAUAUUGAUCGCGAGUUUGUUAAAGGUUUACAUUAUUUAUCUGAUUUGGUCGAUUUUAUAUGUUAUGAACAUGCUAAACCGAUGCUUUUAAUUGGUAUCGACAACUGGAACCUCACCCUGCCCACAGAGAUCCGCCAGAGCUCUAAGUCUCAGCCUGUAGCCGGUCUCACCCCUCUUGGUUGGGUCCUUUUCGGUUUCAGCUCGAGUAAAACCAAACCAAUCGAGUUCGUAAACCAUACCAUUUCCACAACUGUAAAUCCGUCAAACAGCUAUGAAUCGUUAGAAAAUCUCAUAAAAGAACAUUACAAACUAGAUUCUAUAGGCAUUGUAGCUAAAGAUUAUCGCACCCCUACUGAGCAAAGAGCGUUAGAUUUACUAGAGUCCACCACUACUCGCCUUCCUUCAGGGCGAUUUGAAACAGGUCUCCUAUGGCGAGACAACUUAAAAGAUGUCCCCAAUAAUUAUAAACUUGCCUUGUCCCGCUUUAAAAGCCUAGAACGAAAACUCAUAGGUGAUAACUCGCUUGCAGAAUCAUAUAGGCAACAGAUAAAUGCCAACAUUGUCAAGGGUUACGCAGAAAUAUGCACAGAACCUGCAGACCCCUCCAAAAUCACUUGGUAUCUGCCACAUUUCGGCGUCGUACACCCACAAAAAAAGAAACUUAGGGUUGUACACGACGCAGCAGCCACUUUUGAAGGUGUUAGCCUCAAUUCUAUGCUUUUAGCAGGUCCCGAUUUACUGCAACCUCUGUUAGCAAUCCUGAUGCGUUUUCGUGAAGGCCGCAUCGCUCUCAACGGCGAUAUUCGGGAAAUGUUUCCCCAAAUUAAAAUCCGGAAGGAGGACAGAGACGCUCAACGUUUCCUGUGGCGUAAUGAGCCAUCCCAACCGAUUUUGGAAUACAGAAUGUCGUCGAUGAUUUUCGAUGCUGUAGUUAACAACCACUACAUGGACGAUUACCUGGGUAGCGUCGACUCUGCAGAUGAAGCAGCUCGUCUCGUAGCUGAUAUUGUAGAAGUCCACUCUCGCGCAGGUUUCGAGAUGAGAAAUUGGGUUUCUAAUUCUAAAGAAGCUCUUACCUUGAUUCCUCGAGAUCUAUGUGCCACAAACACCUUAGAGGUAAAUCUCGCAAACAAUGCUCCAAACCAUAAAAUUCUCGGAGUGUCUUGGAACAUCGUUGAUGACUCUCUAGGCCUUUUGCGAAGUUUACCCCCUAUCCAUGAGUCUUCUAAGUGGACUAAGCGCCAUGUCCUAUCAUUACUAAUGCAAGUAUAUGACCCUCUAGGCUUGUUGGCUCCUAUUGUCAUAAGAGGUCGAAUUCUUUUUCAACAAACCUGGAGGCUCGGUAUCAACUGGGACGAUCACUUACCAUCCGAAAUUCUAUUAAAAUGGAAACAUUGGUUUGAGCACUUAUCAAAUCUCCGCCAAACUUCUAUUCCACGCUGCUACACAACAUGUGAGUGGACGGAAAAACAACUCCAUGUCUUUGCUGAUGCUAGCGAAUACGCAUACUCCUGUGUAGCGUAUUGGCGUUUCAUAACGCCCAACGAUUGCAAAAUAAGCCUUAUUGGUGGAAAAGCGAGGUUAGCUCCUCUAAAGCCAGCCUCCAUACCUAGAUUAGAGCUCCAGGCAGCUCUGAUCGCUGCUCGUUUUUGCAAAUAUUUAAUAGAGGCUCAUAAACAUAAGCCUGUCAAAAUUUUCCUUUGGUCAGAUUCUUUGACAGUUCUCAAAUGGCUUCGUAGUGAUGCUCGCAAUUUUAAAGUAUUCGUUUCACAUCGGGUUGGAGAAAUUUUAGAACUCACAGACAUUAGAACUCACAGACAUUUCUUGUUGGAAAUAUGUUCCAACUCAUCUGAAUGUUGCUGA